AUGAGUGAUCGAUUAUCACCUAAAAGUUCGUUUGUUCAACUUCGAUUUCUUCUUAUUCAAUAUCAAAUAGUUUCUGUCAUUCUUGAAAAAUAUCCGAAUAAUUUUGCUUUCGAGAUUUCCUCUCGAUUAGUUCAUUUUUCUGAUGUAUUACCAGAAUUGAUCUAUAAUCUACUUUGUCAAUGUCAAUGUAAUUGUGCGUUACGUAUGAUUAAAAAUGAAAUGCAAUCUUCGGAUUGGUGUUUGAUGAAACAUGUAAUUGGCUUUGUUCAUACCAUAAAUCAAAGCAUAUUCUGUUUAUUUAUACUUCUGCAAGGAAAAUUUAUUAUUAUUCGUACAAGUGCUGGUAAUUGGUCUGAUGAGGAAACUGGUAUCACUAUCUACUGUGUAUUGGAAAAUGGUGAACUUCGUCAAUACAAUGUUACAAUAAUGACUUAUCUACCUUACGAACGAAUUAAUCAAUCAGAAAAUUCAUUACUUAAAGAACCAAUAGAUUCUUUGCAAAUUCACGAUAAAUUUGUUGUGACUCUUGAUACGAGAAAAUGGUGA